AUGGAUUGCGACGAUGUCCUGGUUGAUUCAAUUACUCAUUUGCUCUUUGCGUAUAGACAGUGUAGUAGUAGCCGAUUUGGUAUCUCACAAGAGACAAUUCGACGGCACUUGAAAACAAGAAAUUUUGUUAAUGUGAAAGCCGAUAAGGCCAUGGAUGAAGAGCAUUCCCAACAUUCUGGUAUCAGAGCCAACACUGGGCCUGAGAGACGAAAAAGGGUGCGUGCGACUAGCAGAAACAUAUUGACAGAGGCACAGCAGACGAGUUAUGAGGGAUUGCAGCUGAAGGAUUUGAGGGUCAAGAAUUAUCUAUUCCAAGCAAUAGAUAGGUCAAUCAUGGAGACCAUCCUAAAGAAAGACACUACGAAGGACAUUUGGGAUGCUAUGAAAAGGAAGUACGAAGGGAACAUAAGAGUGAAGAGGUCAACUCUUCAAGGUCUCCGUAGGGAUUUUGAAACCCUAGAGAUGAAAUCAGGUGAAACUAUUACUACUUACUUUUCUAGGGUUAUGGCAGUGGCAAAUAAGAUGCGUGUGUAUGGAGAUGUGAUGACUGAUGUAACUGUGGUUGAAAAGAUUUUGAGGUCUUUGACAGAUAAGUUCAAUUAUAUUGUCUGUGCCAUUGAAGAGUCCAAAGAUAUUGAUGCCAUGUCUAUAGAUGAAUUACAGAGUUCACUAAUAGUUCAUGAGCAGAAGUUCAAUAGACACAGCAAUGAUGAGCAAGCUCUUAAAAGUUACAUAUGA